GCCGUUCCCCGGACUUUUUUCUCUGGGACUACAUAUUCUCGCACAAUCUGACUUGUUCAAUGGUACUGUGCACUGCAACCAAUGCGACAUCUGACGGGCAUAACCUCUGGGGAAAUGAUGCUCAAUUAGACUGUUGCCCCGUCCAUCAUUGUGGGACUGUCUCUGGAUUUCCACAACCUCCGGUAUAGUAAUGGUAUGCGAAGCUACACGACAAUCUCGCCAGUGGAAUGGUAUAGCUUCCGACAUCAAUUAUCCGCAGGAGGAGCUCACCAUUUGUCGAAUUUGUCGAGGUCUUCACUACAUUUCUCAUCCUUUGCUGCCGAUCAUGACCCCGCCUCCAGAGAGAGACGUUGAUCCCAUCAUAGGGAGCGACCUCGAUCUAUCAGGCACGAAGAAGCGCUCCAGUGAAGAUGCGGCGGAGUACCCGCGGAGACGGGCAACUAUCGCCUGCCAGAUAUGCCGGUUACGCAAGACAAGAUGCAAUGGAGCCCGUCCGAAAUGCCAGCUUUGCUCCGAUCUCGAUGCCGAGUGUGUGUACCGGGAGCCAGGGAUUAAGCUUGAUGCUGGCGACAAGCUUAUUCUAGAACAUCUGACCCGAAUCGAGGGGCUGCUUCAUUCCAGCUUGGUAGCACAAGGUCCGCAUCAUCUAGCCAUGUCGUCGACAUCCCCGGCGACGAGCAACGACACCGGUAUCGGUAGUGAAGAUCCCAUCACCAGGAUGAAUGGGAUGUCAACAUCUGGGAGAAUGAAUGCGGUGGGAUUGGGCUCCUGGGCCAAUCCGCCGCCCAGCAUUAGUAUAUCAACCAUGCCCAAGGUACACAGCACCCCUGCCCUACAUCUUCUCCAAUGGCCCUUGAUCCGGGAUCUGGUAUCGGGGCCUUACGAUCCCCAGAAUCUGCUUCAAUUGGAAAUGGCGCGUGAACCACUGCGUUUGAACCCUAAUUCCGGCUUCGACUUGGCCAACGCAUCAGCGUACGUGCAGGCCUUCUUCAACCAUGCCAAUGUUUGGUACGCAUGUGUGAACCCAUAUACAUGGAACCGAUACUACCAAACUGCUCUCGCGCAAGGAUUCCAAGAUGGGCCUGUGAGCUGUCUCGUGCUACUGGUACUAGCCCUCGGAGCUGCGAGUCGCAAUGGCAGCAUCUCGUUCCUACCAGCAGAUCACGAGCCACCCGGACUCCCGUACUUUGCCGCAGCAUGGUCGAUUCUACCCUCCGUGAUGAUGCGGAAUUCUGCGAUUGCCGCACAGUGCAUGGUUCUCGCAUCGGCCUACCUGUUCUACCUAGUACGACCACUCGAAGCAUGGACACUGCUAUCCAAUGUGAGCAUGAAGCUUCAGCUGCUCUUAGGCAACCCCAACCGAGUACCUGCACAAUGGAAAGAACUCAGUGUGCGAGUCUACUGGAACUCCCUUCUGUACGAAAGCGACCUCCUCGCCGAGCUAGACCUCCCCCAUUCCGGCAUCGUGAACUUUGAAGAAGUAGUCGAUCUACCAGGCGGCUUCGAAGAAGAAGACGAGGACGAGGACGAAGGAAUGGACGGCGAAACCGAAAAAGAAGACCGCAGCGGUAGACUCCCAGAAGAAACCACGGGACGCGACGAACUCUGGUAUUUUCUUGCCGAAAUCGCCUUACGAAGACUCCUAAACCGAGUCAGCCAUCUCAUCUACCAAAAGGACGGCACGCACACACUCUCCUCCCUAGGCCCGAUAGUCUCAGAGCUAGACUUCCAGCUCUCCCAAUGGUACGAAAGUCUCCCACAACCAGUUCAAUUCCCACUCACCCAAUCACCACUCUCCAACCCCGUCCAAACGGUGCUGAGACUACGAUACAACGCGUGCCGCACAAUCAUAUACCGGCCGUACAUCCUCGCCGUCUUCGAAAACGAACAAGCCGGUGCUGACCCCGGCGUCCGCGAGUGUUGUCGCAGGUGUCUCGAUGCUACGCUACGACAGCUAGAACACGUCACCAGUCACCGCGAAGGCCAUCUUCCGUAUCUAUGGCAGGGAGCUUUAUCGAUGGUUUCGCAAACACUAUUAAUCAUGGGCGCGACCAUGUCACCGACGUUAUCUACGUUGCUCCCGCCUCCGGUACGGGUGGAUGCAAUCAUUUCUAGUGUCGUUGCGGAAGUUGAGCGGUAUGCGCAUCUGGCGCCGAGUCUCAAAUUAUCCUCGGAAAUUAUUCGGGACGCCGAGCGACGACGGCAGAUAUGUCUUCGUUCUGCGGGGAUCAGUCUUUGAAGCGCAAGUGGAGGGCCACUUUUUUUUUCUCGACUUCCAGUUUGACACAAAAGAGAUGGGAGGGGAUGUUUUGGCUUUCGAUAAAUUACAGCGUUUAUGAAUGGGCUCAUGAACAACUUGGAAUCUUUUUCUCAUGAUGUAUAUACUCUAUCAAUGCUCGUAUCGCAAAAGAGACUUGAACAGGAUCAAAAAUGGAAUGUCGUAACUCACGUAUCA